GUGCUGCUGAGCCCCCGCCUGGCGUUCCUGGGCUCUUUUGCUACUGCUGUUGUGAAAAAAUUUUUUUCUUUGUGGGACACAAAUCGGCUGCUGCCUUUAGAGCUGCUUUUCAGCAAACAGAGGGGCCCCCCGCUGCAGGUUUGCUGCAGGGCAUUGCCUGUGGCAGCAGGAGCGGACGCAGCAGACGGGGCCCCCCCAGCAGCAGCAGCAGCAGCAGAAGCAGCAGCAGCAGCAGCAGAGGAGGACGCAGCCAUCACGCAGCAGGACUUCUGGUGUGCGGCUUCGCAGCCCGCGCUGCGGUCUCUCUGCAGCAACUACAGGCGGCAGCAGCAGCAGCAGCGGCGGCGGCGGCGGCGGGGCGGCGGCAGCAGCAAGCUUGCUGACGCUUGCUCCUGCUUGCUGCUGCUUGCUGAUGCUUGCUGGUGCUGGCUGGUGCUGCUGAAUCUGAUUUCGUGGAUUCUUGCAUUUCAUGUUCGUUACUUUUCUGCUUCCAACGUUUUGACGGACGCGAAGGUGCAGCAGCAGCUGCAGCAGCAGCAGCAGCUGCAGCAGGAGCUGCAGCCUGAGGAGGCCCUCAGGGCUGCAGCCGACGAAGCAGCAGCAGCAAACGGAAGGUUCAGAGACGCAGCAGCAAAAGGCACAUGGACCCACGAGGAAGACUGCAUGCUGCUGCAGUUCUUCGAGCAAUUCAGAGGCGUCAGAGACUACUACACCUAUAUUGCAGAACUAAUGGGCAGGCAGCCAAAAGCCGUGCGGAAGCGGCUGCAGCAGCUGCGGGCUCGGGAGGAAGAAGAGACAGAAGAAGAGAAGGAGACAGCGAGCGACCACGGCAGCAGCAGCAGCAGCAGCAGCAGCGCAGCAGCAAGCAGCGGCAGGCCGCUGGACUCGCGCGGCUCUCCCGCUGCUCUGGCAGCAGCAGUGUUGGCUUUUCGCAAGAAAGAUUGGAGGGCCUACUGUGCUGCAGCAGCAGCUGCUGCUGCUGCUGAUGAAGACAUGCAUGUUACCUUCAACGCAGAAAAGAUUCUGCUUUCCGUUGCUGCUGCAAUGCGGGACGCCUGCCGUCUGCAGCGGCAGCUGGAGGAGAUGCGUGGCUUCAACUCUGCUGCAGCAGCAGCAGCAGACGCAGCAGCAGCAGCAGCAGCAGAUGAAGUCCCCGUAGAAGAACCUGCAGAGGCCCCCCUGCCUGUGCUGGACAGCUCCGAGUUCAAAGCGCUCAUGGAGGCCCUAAAUUGCCAGCAGCAGAAAGCAAACAGCAGCAGCAGCAGCAGCAGCAGCAGCAGCAGCAGCAGUGGGUGGCGUCUAGUCAGCGGCCGUCCCCUAGAGUUUCUUACGGCCACGGUGGAGAAGCUGGAGCUGCUCAUUAGCAAGGACCUGCAGAGCAGCAGCGACACAAACGAGAUGAGCAGCAAAAACAAAAGAGACACAAACAAGGUUUCUCUUUCCGCAGCGCAGCUUUGGCGGGGGGCCUCAUAG